AUGGGUGCAUGUUUUCCCGAAGCUGCAUUGAACACCCAGAACGAAUUUUCCUGCUCUUUUGAUGAUGACUACGGCGCGGACAUAAGUUAUACAAAAAUAAACUGCGAUGCCAAAGGCUGGUCUUCCGUGGAAGAUGCACUAAAGGACUGCAACUAUGGAGACGAAUCAGUAGAUUACGAUUCCAACAUGUCUUACGAUAUAAGUUACCAAGAUUACUCGAGCAGCUCUUUCACCAAUUAUACCGACACGAACGACAGUGCGAUUUAUCCAAUGAGUCCAGAAAUGAGUACGAGCAUAAAAUACAUGGGUUACACAAUGACGCUUGCGACCAUAAGCUUGAUCUUUUGCCUCAUCAGCUUCAUUCUCAUGUCAAUUUUGCUAAGAAAAUGCACGAGGAUAUACAUUCACAUGAAUUUGCUCGCUGCCUUUAUGCUUAGGCAUACCACCUUCAUCGCCUUCUAUCUAUUUAAAAGUAUUCAAUGGAAAGUCAAAGUCGAGCCCAGGCUAGGGGAAGUCGAGAAGAAUCUCAUUGAUCUAAAUAACAAUACGUAUGGCGGAUGGAAUAGAUAUGUCCUUGCUCUUGGAGAUUCCGAUCUUCCUGAAUUAAAGGGCGUUUCAGAUGGUACUUGCGCGGCUCUAUCGGAAUUCGAAGUCUGCAGAUGCCAACUUCAGUGUCUGUUGUAUCCGGUUUUUCAAAAGUACUCGGUUCUGGUAUGCUUUUCAUGGCUUGCAUGCGAAGGCAUUUAUCUUGUGAUGUUACAUCUGAAACCGCUCUUGCUGAUUCAACGAUUCAACCCAAUGCGCUGGUUUCUCGGACUAAGCUGGGGGUUACCUCUCAUUCCUGUCGGAUUGUGGGCUGCACUGGCAUAUCAUAACUGUGUAGACGGCUAUGCUACUGAUCAAGAGGAUAAUUACGAGCGCAUCAUUGAAAUUCCAAUCUACAUCUACAUCAUCAUCUGUGCUGUCGUCUUCGUGGUGAUCAUCUACGGCAUUUUUCAAAAACUUAACGCGCCACAUCACGGAAGUGGACGUAGCCGCGUCUUUGGUGUUUUGAAAGCUGCAGUCUCUUUGAUCCCACUUCUCGGCAUGCAACAUGUCGCUCUGCCUUUUGCAACUGCAUUAGAUGAUGAAGUGAUCAGGAAGAUGUAUCCCGUCUUUCUCGUUUUGUCGCAAUGCUCUGGGAUCAUCGUUUCAAUUUUGUACUGUUUUCUCUCAGCAGAAAUUCGAGAAGCGAUCGAACGUCGCUGGAAACAACAUCAGGAGCUCCGGGACAUCUACAAUGAGAUAUCUACUCGUCGGCAGUCAAGAGACUCUUCCUCUGAGUCAUCGAAGAUCUCACAGCUCUUCUCCCGAUUUCGAAGGCGCUCGGAAGCGUCCACAUUCUCUAUUCUUCGCCAACCGAGUUCUGAACCGAACGUUCAUCGAGUAGAAGAAGACGCGUCUGAAGGCGAUCCAGUCAUUCCACUCUUCGACCCGUGUUACAAAAGACCCUCGACUUGUUCGAAACACUCGGAUUUCUCGAAUGGCUACUAUUCAGGGUUAUCUGAUAACUCUGAGUCCGCUGUGAACACAAUUACUGAUACCAAGUUACUAUCUAGGGCCCCGCUACUAGAAAUAAAUGAGACAAGCUUUGACGAGUCUCCAUCAAGCCCACCAACAGAAAUGACCGAUGUCCUUGAAAGUUCAACAGAAAACAGAAAAAACAAUCACGACCUACCCACGGUAACAUUUCCCGAAAAGACAUCGGAUGACAAUGACGAAAACCCUGAUGUCUGA